AUGUCGACGAAUGAUUUAUCAACAAGAUAUGGAAAAUUGGAUGCAUUUGAAAUUGAAAAGAAAAUUGGUAAAGGACAGUUUUCGGAAGUGUAUAAGGCACGAUGCAAGGAAGAUGGUAGUUAUGUUGCUUUGAAGAAAGUUCAGGUUUAUGAUAUGGUAGAUGCGAAGGCUCGACAGGAUUGUAUCAAGGAAAUUGAUCUUUUGAAGCAACUGAAUCAUGUUAACGUUAUUCGAUAUUACGCUUCAUUUAUUGAAAACAAUCAAUUGAACAUUGUUCUCGAACUAGCGGAUGCAGGCGAUCUAAGUCGCAUGAUACGGCAUUUCAAGAAAAGUAGACGCCUUAUUCCCGAACGCAUCAUUUGGAAGUAUUUUGUGCAAUUAGUGCGUGCACUGGAGCACAUGCAUUCAAAACGAAUCAUGCAUAGAGAUAUCAAACCAGCAAACGUAUUUAUUACUGCGGAUGGUGCCGUCAAACUUGGUGAUCUCGGACUUGGUAGAUUUUUCAGCUCAAAAACUACAGCGGCACAUUCUUUAGUUGGCACACCAUACUAUAUGAGCCCCGAAAGAAUACAAGAGAAUGGGUAUAAUUUCAAAUCAGAUUUGUGGAGUAUUGGUUGCUUACUGUAUGAGAUGGCUGCAUUACAGUCACCAUUUUAUGGUGAUAAAUUGAAUUUAUAUUCACUGUGCAAAAAGAUUGAAAAUUGUGAAUAUCCGCCUUUACCAGCUGAUAUUUAUUCGCAGCAGUUGCGUGACCUAAUAUCUCGAUGCAUUUGUUCGAAUCCGAGUAAGCGUCCUGAUGUUGCCGAAGUACUUAAUAUUUCAGAGCAGAUGAAUGCACACUUUCAAUCAGAAGGAGCAAAAACCGUUAUAAGAUCACAUCAUCGGAAUCGAGGUGAUACUGAUUCAAGUACAGGAACUGUCGUUACACUUACUUCUUAG